AUGCCUCUACACUCUGCUGCUCUUCUCCUGCAGUUCUUCGUAGACAAUUCUAUCCCGGCAGACAGGAUACAAAACAUCACUGUCAUCGACCUGCGGGACGGAAGCGUGACUCCUGUUGUUGAGGUAGACGUACACAGGGACAACGAGGAGGAUCUACUCGCCCUGAUAGAAGGCUUGGAAGGAGACACAGUUGGCAGUAACUAUGUAAACCAGACCGCUACUGGGGAGAAAGCACUCUUGGUGUUAGUAGGCUGCAAUGACACAGUCACGGUGCACGACUGCCACGAGGAUGCUACCUGUAUACUGACUUGGGACGAUGGAUACUACUGUGUUUGCAACAGUGGCUUCACAGGGAAUGGGACUUCUUGUGAAGAUAUAAAUGAAUGCGCUAUUGGAAGCUACAAUUGCUCAAGCGGAACAAGAUGCAGCAAUACUCAAGGCUCGUAUGAUUGUAACCCAGGGUGCCCUAGUGGAUACUACACCGGCGGAGAGGGGACACAGUGUUACAAGGUUCACGACGAGGCUCGUUCGGCGACCAUGGCAGCGCUUGUGUGUGAAUCUGACGGGGCGACAUUAGUAAUGCCCAAGUCUCAAACAGAACACGACUACUUAGUUAGCCUGGCUGCAGCGUUAGGCUUCGGGCAAUUUUGGAUUGGAAUAUCAGAUAAUGGGCUAUUUGGAACCGUUGAAGGGACGUACAUCUACAUCAAUGGUGAUCCACUCGGAAGUUUUGAAAAAUGGUCUGCCAACAACACCAACACAGGGGCAGACGACUGUGUGUACUACCUGGCUAAUGGGGGUGAUAUGGAAUGGAACACAGGCAACUGCCUAGACGAUAAUGAAAGACGAGUUUACAUUUGUGAACUCCCCAUCAAUACCUGUCGAGACAACCCAUGGUAUGAAUACGAGGAGCAGUAUUACAAGGUGUUCAGUACCGUUUCUGUAACGUAUGAUUUGGCGGAGCAAUACUGCCAGAAUCUGGACGCAACCCUUGCGAUGCCUUUUGAUUUGGGCAUUCAAGGGAUCUUGGAACAGAUGAUUACGGAGGAUACUUGGAUUGCAUUAGACGAUCGGACAACUGAGGGCACCUUUGUUUGGGGUGAUGGCUCUACGCUGGAUGCAACUGGUUAUACAAAUUGGAAAGCAGACAUCAGCACCCUUAACGACGACACUAAUGAUUGCGUGAUGAUUGAGCCGUCAAACUCUUUCCAAUGGUCUCCAACAUCUUGCAACGAUAUAAGCGUCAGAGGUAGCUUUGUAUGUCAAGCAGCUUGCCCGACGGAAUGGAUACGUCAUAAUGGACACAACAUCUGUUACUUCUUUGAGAAACAAGACGCGACUUUCAAUGACGCUAUUGAGAAGUGUGAGUGUUCUGGGGGAAGGUUGUUUCAGCCGGAAACUGAAGCCGCUCACCACUAUGUCAAGAAUUACAUGAUGACAGAAAGUUUGGAAUCCUCCUGGGUCCACCUUUCUGACCGAGAAACGGAGGGAAUAUUUGUGUGGGGUGACGGUGAUAGUUUGGAAGUUCACGAUGAAGACUGGUUGAAUGGCCACCCAAAUGCGACAAACACAGAAGAUAAGGACUGCGCCAUCCUAGCACAGGCUGCGAGUUAUAAACUAAAAGUUGAGGACUGUAAGAAGAAGAAGCACUACGCCUGCAUGCUAGGUGAGUACCACGAGUUAACCACUGUAGCAACGACGAAAGUCACCACCAUACCGACAACAGCGAAACCAACAACACAGCGGUCCACUGUAUCAACAACGCAAGUCACCACCAUACCAACAACGGCGAAACCAACAACACAGCACUCCACUGUAUCAACGACGCAAGUCACCACCAUCCCGACAACAGCGAAACUAACAACACAACACUCCACUGUAUCAACGACGAAAGUUACCACCAUACCGACAACAGCGAAACCAACAACAAAAUACUCCACAGCAUCAACGACGCAAGUCACCACUUUCCCGACAACAGGGAAACCAACAACACAGGACUCCACUGUGUCAACGACGAAAGUUACCACCAUCCCGACAACAGCGAAACCAACAACACAAUACUCCACAGCAUCAACGACGCAAGUCACCACCGUCCCGACAACAAGGCCUACAACACAAGACACCACUGUAUCAACGACAAAAGUUACCACCAUACCAACAACAGAGAAUCCUACAACACAGCACUCCACUGCAUCAACGACACAAGUCACCACCAUCCAGACAACAAAGCCAACAACACAAGACACCACUGUGUCAACGACGAAAGUUACCACCAUCCCGACAACAGGGAAUCCUACAACACAGCACUCCACUGCAUCAACGACACAAGUCACCACCAUCCCGACAACAAAGCCAACAACACAAGACACCACUGUAUCAACGACGAAAGUUACCACAAUACCGACAACAGGGAAUCCUACAACACAGCACUCCACUGCAUCAACGACACAAGUCACCACCAUCCAGACAACAAAGCCAACAACACAAGACACCACUGUGUCAACGACGAAAGUCACCACCAUACCAACAACAGGGAAUCCUACAACGAAAGUCACAACGAUGUCAACAACAAUACAACCAACGACGAAAGUCACAACAGAGAAAACCACACGGCCUACUACGGAGAAGACAACUCUGUCAACAACUGCACAAACCACCGAAAAGACAACUUUGCCAACUACCAUUGUCACUACUCAAAAAUCAACCCAACAAACUACCCAUAAAUCUACGCUACUGUCAUCAGUGCAGCCUACAACCUUGGUCACCACGGAGAAAACUACACGUCCUACGACAGAAAAGACAACACUUCCUACUACCAUAGUUCCAACGACACAUAUUUCCACGGAAAAAACUACAGCUCACACCACCGAAAAGACAACUUUACCAACUACAAUUGUAACCACACAAAGAACAACACAACAAACUACCCACGAAUCCACGCUUCCUUCAACAGUUCAACCUACCACGUUGGUCACUACAGAGAAAACUACACGACAUACAACAGAAAAGACAACACUCCCUACAACCGUAGUUCCAACGACACACGUCUCCACUGAAAAGAACAACAGCUCAGACAACACAACAAACUACCCACAAAUCCACGCUUCCAUCAACAGUACAGCCUACCUCGUUGGUCACCACAGAGAAAACUACACGCCCUACAACACACAUGACGACACUUCAAACAACCCCAGUCCAAACGACACACAUAUCCACGGAAAGAACUUCUGCACAAACAAGCGAAAAGACAACUUUGCCAACCACUAUUGUAACCACACAAAACACAACACAACAAACAACCCACAAAUCCACUCUUCCUUCAACAUUACAACCUACAACCUUGGUCACCACGGAGAAAACUACACGUCCUACGACAGAAAAGACAACACUUCCUACUACCUUAGUUCCAACGACACAUAUUUCCACGGAAAAAACUACAGCUCGCACCACCGAAAAGACAACUUUACCAACUACAAUUGUAACCACACAAAGAACAACACAACAAACUACCCACAAAUCCACGCUUCCAUCAACAGUUCAACCUACCACGUUGGUCACCACAGAGAAAACUACACGGCCUACAACAGAAAAGACAACACUCCCUACUACCAUAGUUCCAACGACACACAUCUCCACGAAAAGAACUACAGCUCAGACUACAGAAAAGACAACUUUACCAACUACAAUUGUAACCACACAAAGUACAACACAACAAACUACCCACAAAUCCACGCUUCCUUCAACAGUACAGCCUACCUCGUUGGUCACUACAGAGGAAACCACUCGAGUUACAACGGGGAAGACAACACUCCCAACAACAAUAGUCCCAACAACACACAUCUCUACAGAACAGACCACCGAAAAGACAACCAUACCGACUACCAUUGUCACCACUCUCAAAUCUACACAACAAACAACCCAAAGGACCACGAUACCAUCAUCAGUGCAACCUACAACAGAAGUCACGACAGGGAAAACAACACAUGUCACCACUAUCCCAACGACGAAAAAUCCAACAACACAAUUCACAACCCUCCCAACCACGAAAAAGCCAACGACACAAAUUACAACAGAGGAAACCACUCGACUUACAACGGGGAAGACAACACUUCCAACAACAGUGGUCCCAACAACACACAUCUCUACAGAACAGAACACCGAAAAGACAACCAUACCGACUACCAUUGUCACCACUCUCAAAUCUACACAACAAACAACCCAAAAAACAACUGUACCAUCCUCAGUGCAACCUACAACAGAGAAAACAACACAUGUCACCACUAUCCCAACGACGAAAAAAUCCGACAACACAAUUUACAACCCUCCCAACCACGAAAAAGCCAACGACACAAUUUACAACAGAGAAAACCACACAGGUCACCACUAUCCCAACGACGAAAAAUCCAACAACACAACUCACAACCCUCCCAACCACGAAAAAGCCAACGACACAAUUUACAACAGAGAAAACCACCCUACAAACAACUGAGAAGACAACACUUCCAACAACAAAAGUCCCAACAACGCAUUUCACUACUGAAAGAACUACCGAACAGACCACCGAAAAACAACUUUACCAACGACCAUUGUCACCACUCAAAAAUCUACAGAACAAACUACUCAAAAGAGUACGAUACCAUCCACGGUGCAACCUACAACAGAGGUCACAACAGCGAAAACUACAACGCAAACUACAGCAAAAACUACACUACCCACCACUCUCAAAACUACAUCAGAAACCACACAGGAAACCACUCCUCGCACUACAGAAGAAACCACACAGGAAACAACUCUGGUCACUACAGCUCAAACAACACUUCUUCCCACCACAGAAGUCACCACAGAGAAAUCUACAGCACACACCACCGAGAAAACAACGACACCAACUACUAUUGUCACCACUCAAAAAACUACACCAGAAACCACACAGGAAACCACUCCUCAUUCUACCAUAGAAACCACACAGAAAACAACUCUGGUCACUACAGCUCAAACAACACUUCUUCCCACCACAGAAGUCACCACAGAAAAAACCACACGACCAACAACAAGACUGACAACACUUCCAACAACUAAAGUCCCAACAACACACAUCUCUACGCAAAUAACUACAGAACAGACCACCAAAAAGACAACCAUACCGACUUCCAUAAGCUCCACUGAACAAACAACACGACAAACCACUCAA